CUUGCUUUCAAAGAGAAAAAAAAUGUAAGAAAAUCUGAUGACAAUGAGAGUAUACCAAGCGAUGACGAAGAAUUUGCAGAAGAGAAUCAAAACUCCAAUAUAUAGAGCAUAUAGUCAAGAAUUACCAGAAUUCGAAAGUGAGUCAGAAAGUGAAGAAACUGCACAAGAAAAACGUAUCAGGUUGGCCAAAAAAUAUCUUCAACAAAUUGAGGAAGAAGAGAAAAAUAGAGCAGAGUUUGAGGAAGGAGCGGUUGAGAAAAGAUUAAAAGAUGAAUAUUUGGAAGAAAAGGGAUAUCUCAGAAAAACAGUUGCUGAGCAUUACAUUGCUCAUCAAGAUCCUAUAAUGUUGAAGUGUAAAGAUCACAGAGAUUCUAUUACUUGUUUAUGUUUUUAUAGUAAAGGGAACAUUUUAUAUUCUGGUUCUAAAGAUGGUAGUUUAAUUAAAUGGUCAUUAAAAGAAAGAACUAAAUUGAAAGUUAUAAAAGGAAAAAAUAAAGAGCAGGACGGAAUGAAAUCGAUUAACUGUAUAGCAGUUAGUACGGAUGGAAAAUUUUUGGUUGCAGGAGACGGUGGUUGUAAAGAAAUCAAAGUAUUUUCUGGAGAAAAUUUAAAUUUUCUCAAAAAUUUACAAGGUCAUAGAGAUAUAGUAACUGGUCUAGUGUUUCGAAAAGACACACAUACACUUUAUUCUGCAUCUGAUGAUAGAAGCGUAAAAGUUUGGAAUUUGGACGAUAUGGCGUAUGUUGAAUCAUUAUUUGGACAUCAAAACGGUAUCACAUCGAUUGAUGCUUUGUCAAGAGAACGUGCCAUAACUAGUGGCGGAUUUGAUGGAACUAUUAGAGUAUGGAAAAUUGUUGAAGAAUCCCAGUUAAUUUUUAACGGCGAUACUAACAGUAUAGGUAUCGUUAAACUUAUCAAUGAAGAGAAUUUUUUUAGUGGCAGUGAUGAUGGCUCACUUUGUAUAUGGGGUUCUCAUAAAAAGAAACCUUUAUGCUCUGUAUCAGAGGCACAUGGGAAAGACGACAGUAAUGAUGAACCUAAUUGGAUAACAAGCAUAGCAACGUUUUUGAAUACUGAUUUAGUUGCAUCUGGUUCUAAGAAUGGUGAGAUCAAGUUGUGGCGAUGUGGUGAUUCGUUCAAAUCUCUACAUCCAUUGUUUACAAUUAAAUUAGUAGGAUUCAUAAAUUCUCUAUUAUUUACAUCAGAUGGCAAUAAUUUAAUUGCUGGUGUCGGUAAAGAACACAGACUUGGUAGAUGGUGGCAUAUAUCAGAAGCUAAAAACUGUAUUGUUAUUAUACCAUUAGAACAAAAUAAAACAAGGAAAGUGAGACCUUCAGGGAUUGUAAGCUUGCCUAGGCAUUGGCCACAAUACCAAGCGGUUUUUGGCAACGUAAGAAAAGAAGAAUUUUUACGGACUUUUCCAAGGCAUUGUACAUAAUACCUUAAUAUCCUAUAGAAUAUUAAAUUACUAUUUAAGCAAUAUUGAGAGGAAUACAUUAUUGGGCAACAGACACACACACACACACACAAAGCGAGCAUGGAGCAGGUUUUUGAGACUAUCGUGCCGCUGUACUAUGUGCACCUCUAUAAACUGAAACUAAAUGCCGGUGUGUGCCGCUAUGAAAAGGAACAAAAGAUAACAAUUCUUGUUUCCUACGUUGCCAAAAGCCGCUUGGCAUUGUGGCCAAUGCCUAGGAAAGCUCACCAUCCCUGAAGGUCUCACUUUUCCUAUAACAUAUAUAAGAAAAAAUAAAUUUUAUAUUAAAUUAAGGUUAUAAAUUAGUUUGUUCUUUACAAUAUCCAAGAGAUAUUGUCCACGGGUACCUAUAAAAUAUAAUUUACUAAAUAUCCUUUAAA